AUGAAAAGGUCCGACGAAAGUCAUACUUUGGUUUUGGGCGCCCUUGUACAUAAAAUUUUACAACCCCACAACUUCCCGUCAACCAGUAUUAUUCAUUUACUCCAAAACCCUAAAAUCCUAAUUGCAGCUGUAGACGGCCAGUCGCGCAGCCCUCUCUGGCUUCUCUCGCUCUGUCUCUUAAUCUGUCGAAGGACUGCAGGAAACAGGAGUCGCAGCCCGCCAGCCCUCUCUCCACGCAGACCUCUCGCCUGUCGCCGCUCAGGCGCUCACUACCUCGCCGAGUCGCCGGUCGCUGCCCACUGCAGUUGGAAACCUGUAAUAUCAAUGCCAGCUGGUGAAGAACAGGAGACACCUCACUCUUUGAAGUCUGCCGAGGAUUUAACUCUUGACCAGGUUACUUCUAACACUGAUUUUUACAGCAACAGUGUGCUUUUGAAUGAUCAAGAAACACAUGCAUUCAGGGUUCUCAUAGUGCUAAGGCAAUGCAGUUUACAAACUAUAAUCAUGUCGUCCGUGAGUUGUGAUUGCUCAGACACUUGUGUCACAAAUUGCUUGUGAAUUGUAUUAAAUGUUUGGUUGAGUUUUUUUUAUUCCGAUUAGUAUUAUGAACUUAUAUUGUUAUGAAACUACUACUGGGUAUAGGAUUACAAUUGCUAUUUGCAUUUAGAUAA